GAAAUACUAUACUGUAUAUUUGAGGAUAAUGUCAGUGAGUAAUGUUAGCCAACGGAAUGGACUAGCAUCAAUGAAGAGUAGUGGUCUUCUUCUUCUUCACCUACUACCCUCUCAACUCUCAAACCCCAACAACCAUUCUCUCCUUCUUUUCUUCCCUCAAAAACCCCAACAACUCACUGCUGCAAAUUCACUGUCUGUUCAUAUUCUUUCGCAGCCUCUUCAUCUAUGCAGGUCUAGCAAGUGGGACCCAAAUGUUGAGUCUAUCAAGAACCAGAAUUUUAUUAAAUUUGGAGAUUUUGAAAAUGAGGAAGAGGAGGAGUUUGAUAGGGAUGAAAUCUUGGACCAAGGAGCUCAAGUUUUGGAGGAAUAUAUUGAUAGUAUUUGGAUUUUUAAGGUUUUCUGGUCCUAUGGUUGGGCGCUUCCACCAAUUCUAAUAGCAUUGCUGAUAACAGGAGGUCCUAAAGCUUUCCUCAUGGCAUUAGCCAUUCCCCUUGGGCAAUCCACAUUUUCCUUUGCAAUCCAAAAGAUGCUGGAUGCGACGCAAAACAAACCAAGGCGCAAGAGUAGAACUAAGAAGAGACAGCGUGCUUCCGCCUCAAACAAGACAAACUUUGGGAGAAGAGGAGGAAGCCCCAGGACACGAAAGAGAAAGCCCGGCUAUCAAACAUGGGCGUCCACAAAUGGCGUCUCAGCUAAUAAGGAUGAGCCCGAGGUAUCUAGAUGCGGAGGCUGGGAUGAACUUGAUCAAGUAAGUGAGUCUAUUAGCACUGGUGCGUUUGAAAGUUCAGCUCAAUCAUCAGUUGGAACAUCAAAAAUACCUGUGGAAAAGGGUAACUUAAGUAAACCAGAAGCAAAAAGCGAUACGCCCCUAUUGUUAAGGUUGUUGAUUGCCAUUUCCCCAUUCUCGGCUUCAUGAACUAAGUUGCUAUAGUAUAUGGGCAGCUUAAUUUGAGUUACUCCGGCGCUUAGGAGAUUCUUUGUUUCUCUUGCUUUACAACUUGUUUGGAUGGUUGUUUCCCGAUGUAUCGUAUUGUAUUGUUAUCCCAAAACAAUGUUUGUUUUGAUU